CCAAAUGCCAAUAUCAUUCUUCCUCAAUCUCAAGCCCUAGCUUUUUAAUCGAAUCAAUCGAUCGGGGAAAUCACCAUUAAAAUUCAGCUAAGCUAAGAUGGGGAAACAACCAGUUAAACUGAAAGCAGUGGUUUACGCUUUAUCUCCAUUUCAACAAAAGGUAAUGCCAGGUCUAUGGAAGGACCUUCCAGGUAAAAUCCAUCACAAAGUGUCUGAGAAUUGGAUCAGCGCUACUCUCUUGCUCGCUCCUCUCGUCGGCACUUACUCGUACGUGCAGCACUUCAAGGAGAAGGAGAAGUUAGAACACAGAUACUAAAGUUCUGUUCGUCAUUUGUAUGGGGAGGACUCUUUUCUAUUACUGUUUUUAACAGGAAAUAAGUCAUGUUUUGGAACUUCUACCAUCAUUUUGAGGAUAUUUACUUUUAUGGCCCCUAUUAAAUGCAUCUAGUUGCUGUAUGGUCUUUUUGAAACGUUUGGGCAUUCUGAAUCUUGUACUGAGUUUUGAGUUUGAAAUGAGUUCAUAAACACUCUCAUAUGUUUGCUAUUACAUCCCAUGAAAGAAAUGUUUCAUUCA